ACAUCUACCCACGGCACGAGCCUCCUUCAAACCAGUAAAAAUUCAGCCGUCACAAGCUCCCCAACUUCGUCCGCGUUUUGGCUUGCUUUCUUCAUGUGCUCCUCGCCAAUUUAAUCCAAUUUGAAUUUGACGUUUGUGUGUAUUUUUCCUUGGGAGUGCAGCUUUCCUUCUCCACUGAGCCUUUUCAAUGUAUAAAAUGGAGUAUUCUUACCUCAAUUCCUCCGCCUACGAGUCCUGUAUGGCCGGGAUGGACACUUCGAGCCUGGCGUCAGCCUAUGCGGACUUCAGCUCUUGCAGUCAAGCCAGUGGCUUUCAGUACAAUCCCAUCAGGACGACGUUUGGGGCCACCUCCGGGUGCCCGUCGCUUACACCGGGCUCCUGUAGUCUGGGCACCCUGCGGGACCACCAGAGCAGUCCGUACGCCGCAGUCCCCUACAAGCUGUUUACCGACCACGGAGGAUUGAAUGAGAAGCGGAAGCAGAGACGCAUUCGGACAACUUUUACCAGCGCGCAGCUCAAAGAGCUGGAGCGCGUGUUCGCUGAGACUCACUACCCAGACAUUUACACACGAGAGGAGCUCGCGCUAAAGAUCGAUCUCACCGAGGCUAGAGUGCAGGUGUGGUUCCAGAACAGGCGCGCCAAAUUUCGCAAACAAGAGCGUGCAGCCGCCGCCGCAGCUGCAGCAGCAAAGAACGGGUCUGGGAAGAAAUCUGACUCGCGAGAGGAGGACAGCAAAGAGGCAAAGGCAACCGAUCCUGACAGCACUGGUGGGCCCGGACCUAACCCAAACCCUACCUCCAAUUGUGGUGGACCAAGUCCCACCGGCGGACAGGUCAGCGCCACAGGGAACGGCCCGGUUGAACAGGUGAAGGCGUCAGUGGCUGGAAUGGGAGGCACUGCGCCGAGUCAAGGUUGGGCUUCAGCCCCGGGCACCAUCACCUCCAUUCCGGACUCUCUGGGCGGACCGUUCGCUAGUGUUCUGUCCUCAUUACAAAGACAGAACGGAGCCAAAGCCACUUUAGUAAAGACCAGCAUGUUCUGAGUUAGUGCUUGAUGCAGAAAAGAAACGACGACUGCGAGAUUCAACAAACAAACAAGUAAGCGUUUACUCUAGUCACUGACAACCGAUAAGUGGAAAAGGGAGAAUGCCAAAAGGAGAGAACCCUGUAUUUCUACCCACUGGCGUAGAAAGAAGAGGCCACCUCUGGUCCUCAUUCGACUACUUUCUAUGCUAUUGGUUUACACCAGAAGCUGGAUAAUAAUAUCAUACACAUUGUGUUUUGUAUGUGGUCGUCGACAUAAUUUCUGACGAAUUCAAGUAAACUAACCAAUAGACUGCGAUGCGCGCUCCUGCUGCAAAGAAACCCCACCAAGGACUCAUGAAUACAAUGUCAUUAUUCAGUGUCAUUAUACAUGUCAUUAUAUCUUGGCGCCAUAAUUAUUUGUUUACAUUGACUCUAAACGUACCAAUA